AAAACAACGAAAGCGAGCGCAAAGAAACUUAUGGGUUUACACUAACUCGUGUAAAACAUAUUGGAUGCUGGAAAUAUAGCUAGGUUCCUUUCUGGAGGCACUGGGGCUCCAGUUCUAUUAGAUACGGAAACCCUUCGAACGAAAGUUUCUUCUUUUUCGCACCUGAAUCACCGAAACGUGAGUUUGAUUGGUCGCUAGGAUAUCAGGCGAUAAUUCAAUCGAACAUCCCAUACUCAAAAUUUACCAACUACUGGAUUAUUCAUCAGUUUAUAUUCACUUCAUACUUGUAUCAUCAGUGGGAUUUUUUAAAUUUUUCUAAUGCACGAGCAAAAAGACCGAGGAUUAGUUGAAGUUUACUGUGAACAGCAUUGAAGAAGUAUGCGCUUCCAAAAUUAAACGUCCUUAAUCUAUUAUCGGAGUAUCGUCAGCUAAUGGGUUCAGAGGAUUUUGUAAAUGAAAAUAAACUAUUGAAAUUGAAAGUAUUAGAACUUUCAGAACAAUUACAAAGGAAUAUAAUUUAUUUCAAUGAACGUUUAGGAGCAACGGAAUAUGAAUUGGAACAGUGUAAAAAAACAAAUGAAGAUUUAUUAAGUCAGAAAAAUGCUAACAUUCGAACUUUACAACAGGAGAAUGAAACAUUACAAAAUCAAAUAACAGCUUUACACAUUGAUUUAAACAAACAAAAACAAAUUGUCCAGUUAAAACAAGAAAAAAUUGAUCAAAUGGAAGUGUACUUGUCAAAAUUACCAACAUUGGAAGAUUAUCAAGAAACUUUAAACAAAUUACAAUUGGUCAGUAAUCAAAAUUCACUUCUGGAAAAAAAUAUUGAACAAUAUAAAAUGAAAUUAAAUCAAUGUGAUACACAGUUGACUCAUUCAACGAUUGAAAUUGAACAAUUAAAACAACGUGAACAAUCACUUCAGACACAAUUGAAUACAAUUAUGGAGCGUCUAAAUGAAAAUAAAACUGGGCAAUUCAAUACUAUGAACAAAUCAAAAUUGACGCCAAUUUUUGUUGAAGAUUUAAAGUGUGAAUUAGAACGUUAUCGGAGUGCAUUUGAAAAAACUAAAAAACUUCUUGAAGCAGAAACAUGUCGUGCAGAAACAGCAGAAACUCAUCAAAAACUGGAACAACGUAAAGCUGAUGAGUUGCGUACGCGGUUAGAAGCAGAAAUGACUGGUAUUCAAGCAUCGCUAUCAGCUAGACGAGAUGAAAUUCGUGAAUUAAAAAAGCAUAUCUCUGAAAUAACAUUAGAAAAACAAGAAUUAUUAUCCACACAUUUUGAAGCUUAUCAUACAUUACGAAAUCUCAUUUCUUUAUGGAAAUCUAUUAAUGGUGGUCAAUUAUGUCAACGUAUUUACGAAUUCAUCCGUGAGAAUGUUAAUGAACUUGUUUGUUUAGUGCAGCACCUAAAUCAUUUAGCUAAUGGACAGAAAUUAAAUUUAAAUGAAUUACUAGUUCAACCAAAACCAUUAGCAAAUAGUUUAAAUGAUAUACUAUUGUUAAAUCAUGAUGACAUUGAAAUCAAAGAUGAUGAUGAUGACGGCGAGGUUGUUGUUGAUGGUGGUACAUUGGGAAAUGAUACCCGAACACAAUCCACAUGUUGUCCUGAUAAUAAUAAGAAGGCUGACGAUACAUGGGAAAUUUCAUUCAAUAAUGUGGUAAAAACUGCAUCUCAUUUAUCUAACACUAUCAAUAAAGAACAACUGCAAGAUUCAUUGUAUCAGUUGAUUAAAACACGAAGCCUGCUAUUAAAACUACGUCAAGAACUUGCUAAUAAAUAUGCUGAUCAUUUAGGUGGAAGAAUAGAUUGUAUUGUUCAAUAAUCAACAUUAAUAACAACAACAUCAAUAUACCACUCUAUGCUUGUACAUUUCUCGAUCAGAUUUUCUUUGAAUUUAUGCCCUAAAAAUCAAUACGCAGAUUUAUAUUUUUCUAUGCUGCAUCAUUCCCAACUUACUGUGAAUAAUCUCAGACAUGAAUUCCUGUGACUUACUUACUUAUUCAAAAUGAAGCAUGGGCCACCAACCAUUUUUGCUUAGCGUUUUUUUUGAAGUGAGUUGGCUUUCUAGGGGGAUGAGGUUGUUAACCCCUGUUGCCUUUGUCUGCGUUUGUGACCGACUGUAACCCUAGCGAGGCUUCAGGUGGAGUUUAAUGCAAUCUUUAACAUUUGAACGAAGUUUUACGUUACAAAACGUUAUAGUUGAAAUAAUCUCACCUAGUUACAUGAUAAUUAGCCUUAAAAUGUCUUUAUGUAGAAAGAGUUUCAACUUUAAUAGAAUGACAUCACAUUUGUACAUUUCUAUGAAUUUGUAUUACAAUCCAUUCACAUACACACACAUAUAUAUAUUUGUAUUGAAACUUAUUGUUUUCUUUUUAAACGUAGGUUUAUUCUUCUUGAUUCCUUCAGUUGUAAAUCUCGUUUAUCCUUUUAUUCUGUACUAUUUCUAUUUUUAGAUGUAACCGGUGUUUUUCUUUUUUCUACUGAAUCUCUGUGAUUUUCUUGAACUGCAUUGACGCCUUCCAUAUUUAUCUGUCCUCGCUUUCAAUUGUAUAACUUGAACUAAACAGAAUUGUGCAGCUUUUUGAUUGUGUUACAAGAAACAAACUCAUUCUAGUAACAAUGUUCAGUAUUGCUUUUUUCACCGAACUGUAAUCUAUCCAGACAGAAUGUUCAUAAAAGUAUUUGUUGGAAUUGGUGUAUUUAUUUGAGUUCGUCAAAAUAUUUGUUAGUGAAAUAACUU